GCGCUGGGGUGGGAAGCUCCAUCAGAGGGUUAAAGGUACAGUAGCGUGCGUCAGCUGAUGCGUAGCGUUACGUAAUGAGCACGGGGCGGAGGAGCGGAGGACGGAGGCUGGUUCUCGCUCUGGGCUCCAAGCUGUAGCUCUCAGCAGCUUCCUGCCCGCCGCCGAUCCCGACAAACGGCAUUCUCAUCACUGAUCAUGUGCCUCGCUCUCGGACUGUCUCUGGCUCUGCAGCAGGAAGUUAGUCUUGUCUUCCUCCCUCUGCUUUCGCCUUUCCCCCCUUCUGGGCAGCCCCAGUGACAGCCUUAUUUUCUUCCUCUUCUUUUGCCGCGGCUCUCACCUCUUCUCUGAGAGCCGACAGAGACCGGCGUCUAGCUCCGGCAGAGGCCCCCUCCGCUCCGCUCCCUCCUCCUCCUCCUCCUCCUCCCCAGCGGCCAGGGAGAACAGGUCAUGGAGGCCUCUGUUAAGGAGAAGGAGCCGUCGCCGAUGGACAAGUCCUUACCUCUGCCUACCUUGAGCCCGGCCGUGCCCCCCUACGUCACUCUGGGCCUGACGGUUGCCUACAGCGUUUUCUACUCCCUCCUCUUCAUCUUCGUCUACGUCCAGCUCUGGCUGGUCCUGCGGUACCGACACAAGCGCUUCAGCUACCAGACCGCGUUCCUGUCCCUGUGCCUGCUGUGGUCGGCCCUUCGCACCGUGCUCUUCUCCUUCUACUUCAAGAACUUUGUCACAGCCAACACUCUGGGGCCCUUUCCUUUCUGGCUGCUCUACUGCUUCCCUGUCUGCCUCCAGUUCUUCACCCUGAGUCUCAUGAACCUUUACUUUGCACAGGUGAUUUUCAAGGCAAAGUCGAAAUAUGCACCAGAGCUUUUGAGAUACAGGCUGCCGUUAUAUCUGCUGUUCCUGUUCAUCAGCCUGGUGUUUUUAGUUGUGAAUUUAGUAUGCGCCCUGCUGGUGAGGAUGUCCUCUGCAGAAACCCACACCAUUGUGCUUGUGAGGGUCACAAUUAACGACACACUUUUUGUCCUGUGUGCCAUCUCGCUCUCCCUGUGUCUUUACAAGAUCGCUAAGAUGUCUCUGGCCAACAUUUACCUGGAGUCCAAGGGGACAUCGUUGUGCCAGGUGACCGUCAUAGGAGCCAUCGUCAUCCUCCUCUACACGUCCAGGGCCUGCUACAAUCUGGUCGUCCUGGCACUUUCAAACAAGAGUAUUAACUCCUUUGACUACGACUGGUACAACGUUUCAGACCAGGCAGAUUUACAGUCUACUCUGGGCGACGCUGGCUACAUCGUCUUUGGAGUGAUCUUGUUUGUGUGGGAGCUGCUCCCCACGUCCCUUUUGGUUUUUUUCUUCAGAGUCCGGCAGCCUAACCAAGACAGGAGUGGCUCUGGGCUUCCUGGUCACGUCUUCUCUUCAAGGGCCUAUUUCUUCGACAACCCACGGCGUUAUGACAGUGAUGACGACCUGGCAUGGAGCGUCAUGCCUCAGAACAUCCAAGCCAGUCUGGCUGCAGACAGCUAUGAGUGGGGGAGCCAAAGCAGUGGCAUUAGUGCCUACAUCGGCGGGGACGACAGCUACCAUCGCCCUCCUCCUCCAGAGGAGCUCAGCCAUUACUGACCGGAGCACACGGUGACUGACUCCUGCUGACCUGUGACCAUUGUUUUAAAAUGAAAUUUGUAUAUUUUUGCACAGUCUCUCUUAGUGACAAAGGCACAUGGGGCUGAAAGUUGCCUUCUAACUCAACGUGUUCAGUUUUCUACUUAGUCUAGAAAAGAGGAACUAAUAGACUUUUCUCUCUGCCAGUAUAUGAAGGUCCUUUGAUGGGACAUUAAUUUUGCACACCGCUUGUACAAAGUUUGAUCCAAGUUUGACUGCUCUUAAAACAUUUUCAUUGUAUAGUUUAUAUCGAAUACUGUUUAAUAUAUUUCCUGACUUUUGUAAUAUGUACUGUAUUACUAUUUUAUGUCUUGUCUGUGUUCUUUUUCAUAGAGAUGUGGUUUAUAUAGAAGAGAUAUUCAUUUAAUUCAUAUUAAAUAAGUUUAAAUGCUGUGAAAAAUGCAGUUUGGUUUUAAUAUCACACCACACACACUAUAUUGUGCUCACAUUUUGGAAAUAUAUUUCUAAAAAGUUAACUGACAUUGUUCACAAUCCUGUGAACCAGUUUCUGCUGUAAAAAUCCCUUCCUGUCAGACAAAAAGUACAGUAUCAUAUUUACAUAAAUGAGAUAUUAUGUCUUCUUUUUGUACAUAUUGUGUAUUUAUAAUUUUAUCCUUCAUAUUUUUUUUCUAAUCCUUAUUUUUCUAGACUUACAAAUAAAAUAAAUAUAUAAUGCUUUCA